AUGCCAACAGUUUCUCGCACUGAGCCGGUUGAUGAAGACAUCAGAGAUCAUAUAGAAGACAUGAUUCGCGAUCUUGGACAAGAUUGUUUUCAACAAGCACAUGCACCUUUGUAUGAUAAAAUAGAAAGUGAUUCAAAGAAGCCAUUGUAUUCGGGGUGCACAAGUUUCACAAGGUUGUCAGCGGUGUUAGCUUUGGUCAACUUGAAGGUAAGAUUUGGGUGGAGUGACAAAAGCUUCACUGAAUUUCUUGUGAUAUUGAAGAAGAUGCUUCCUGAACAAAAUGCAUUGUUGAAAAAUCACUACAAGGAGAAGAAGAUUUUAUGUACUGUGGGAAUGGAGUACCAGAAAAUCCAUGCAUGCCCUAAUGAUUGCAUAUUGUACAAAAAUCAGUUUGCAGAAAUGCGUAAGUGCCCCACAUGUGGGGUAUCAUGGUACAAAAUCAAUGAUGACAAAUUUAGUGAUGAUGCAAGCAAAAACAAUAGUCGUCCAGCAAAGGUGUGCUGGUAUCUUCCAAUAAUACCAAGAUUUAAGGGAUUGUUUGCUAAUGGACAUGAUGCAAAAACCCUUACAUGGCAUGCAGAUGGAAAAAAAGUGAUGGAUUGCUCCGACAUCUGGCUGAUCCUCCUCAAUGGAAGACAAUUGAUCAUUUCAUAUGGAAAUUUAAGUGGAUAUAGUGUCAAAGGACAUCAUGCAUGUCCUAUAUGUGAGGGAAACAUGAGCUUCAUCCAACUGAAACAUGGAAAUAAGAUAGUAUAUGUCAAGCACCGAAGAUUUCUGAAACCUUAUCACCCGUAUCAGCAAUUGAAGGAAACUUUUAAUGGAAGUCAGGAGAAUGAAAGUGCAUUGCAACCAUUAGCUGGAAACGAAUUUUAUGAUCGGGUGAAGGACAUCAUAACUAUCUUUGGGAAGACCCAAAAGAAGACAUCAUCUUAG